UUGGUUAAUUUUAUGACGAACAACACGAAAUGCGAUUUUUUGAUUUUUCUCCGAAUGCGACGCGGGCCACAGGUAAUGAAGUGGCGGGCCACAUGUGGCCCCCGGGCCUGGGUUUGAACCACCCUGCUCUAGACACAUUUAAAUGAUUAUUGGUUGAAUAAUACGUUGUUUAUUGUUGAAGCUACUUUUAUGAAUUCCAGAUAAUCUUUGACGAAAUUUGAUUAGAAUUUGAAUAAUUAAAAAUAUUUGCUUAAAAUGCAUGUAUGUGAAAUGUAUUCUAAGAUUUCAAAUAAUCAAAAUAAUUCAUUUUUCUGUUAAAUUUUUGGACUUUUGUUGUAUUAAAAUCAUGGUGAUGGUGUUUUCAGAAAAAAAGAAUCUUAUACUUAUUGUAAUUCUGGACUUUGUACACAUUUUUUACUGCUCUGCCCCAGUGAUGACAAAGUGCGUAUUGAAUUCUUUGAACAUGUUUGCUGUAUUGAUUAAUGAUUACAACAAUUUGCUUAGUAGUUCUCGAACCCUUUAUAUAAAAUAAUUUAUAUCAUUUCAAAUUACUUUUGUUUGUUGACAAUUUUUUAGUAUUUAUAUUUGAUUUACUAGCUCUCGUAAGUUCUUCUUUUGUAUCUGCUUCAUGGUUUCAUUAUUGUACGUCAUCAACAUUUACAGUAAGUCAUCUUGAAAGUCAUUACAGCGUAUCAUUUUUCGGAUCUCCUGGAUGUCUAAAAAUAAAAUGAAUGGGGUAUUCUGACUAAUGCAGAAUUAAUUUUAUGUUCUAUAUUUUAAAAUAUUGAAUUUAGGCAUAAUUUAGAAUCAUUCAUUUGAAAAUCAUAAAAAUAGAUAAUCAAAACACUUUUCGUAACUCUUCCACGUUUGACCAUGUUCCAACUCCUGAUUUAGGAUGUAUACAAGUCCAUGUUUUAAAAAAUAAGUACCUGGCCUAAUAAUCCCAUACUCCACAUGCACUGGUAUCCGAUGGGAGACUGUGGUUCGCUAUAUGAUUCGCUAUGUGUUUGGCCACAUGAUUAAGUAGUUUUCCCGUCUUUCUUUCUGGGAUGAAUAUGUAAAUCCUAUUCUAUAUUUGACAACAAUAAUAAUGUAUUAGAAAUGUAUGUUACGCAGUUUUAGUCAUCCAUGUCUUAUUGUGAAAUGCUCAGUUUGAAAUAAGUUUACCAUAUUUCUCAAUAUUCUCUACGAGUUUACUUGUGUCUACUUUCAACUCUGCAAUCAGCCAUUCCUAUUUAUGGAGCUAUUAUUUUAAAAAUAAUUUUGUCUUGCCUGUCUACAACCUUAGAAUGAAUUCCACACUGCCUAAGUUGACCGAGUCCGUUUUGAUCAAUUUUUUAUGACGCUAUACUAUUAUUAUUUUGCAAUUUUAUUCCAACUUCGUUGAUGUCAUUUGGUGUGGUGUUGGGAGUCUUUUUUUUGUACUUUCUUUAUAUUUAUUUCCCAUAAUGUUCACAAAUUUAAAAUUAUUUCUUAGGAUUGGGAUAUGUGAAUCGCUUUUUUUUCAUAAAAUUUUCAUUUUUUACCUAAAAGUUAAUUCUGAUUGAGGAGAAAUUUUAAUGUGAUUUUGGCUACAAAAUCGAAACUGUUUACAAUAUUUGAAAGUUAAUUUCAAAGCAAAAAUUUUAAUUGUAAAUCUUUCAAAUUAGCAUAAAAAUAUUAAACUUUUAAUUUGUAUUUAGGUCCCUUUGGUUCGAUUUGACAAUAAAAUGCAACGAAGCAUAAUAAAGCAGCAUCCACUCUCACCAUUUAAAUGAGAUCAUUCUGAGUGAUCACGUUUCAUUAAUUUUCCAUUGUGAAUUCUGUUUAAACUUUAACCUCAUGCUUUCUAAGGUGUCCAUUAAAUCUUGAACAAAGGGAAUUUAUCGAUACCAGAUAUUGUUUUGGGCCUCACAGAUGUAUUAAAUGAAUUGAAAUACUUAAACAAACCUGGUUAAUAUAUAUUGAGAACUGACUUCCUAAAACAAAAUUGAAAUCGUGAACGGUUUCGAUUUCUCAAAAAUAUAAUAAUCUUUUAUUGACGAAUGGAUAAGUUGCACCUCUGAUUUGAUACAUUUUUUGUUUAAAAGCGUGACCUAUUCACGAGUAUAUGCGGUAUAUUUUUCAGAAAUAUCAAAUUCUACUGAUUACGGUAAUUCUACGCCGUUACUGAGGUGCUGUACAUAAAGUUUUAGCUUCAAAAAUUCAAACUCGCUAUGCUCACAUGAGUCUAGCAUCAAUAACCAAUAAGCCGUUGCACCUACUUAUUUUUUCUUUGUGUUUGUCUAUUCAAAUUUUUUGUAAUUUUUUUUCACACUCAUUGAAAUACCACCUAUUUUGUUCAGUAUUCUAUUCAUUAAAGUAUUAAAUAUUAUUUACGUAUGAGUCAGCAUGAAUGAGAAUGAUGAUCUCGGCAGAAUUACUGCUGCAGCAAGGGAAAGUCUUGGGAAGCAUGGACUCCUUUUGAUGGUUGUGAAGAUGAUUCGUUGCAUUGGACUUUUUGAAUGUUAUGAUUUAUUGAAAGUCGUCCACCUUGUGUAUUUUUUAUUCUUUGUUAAAGCUUGGUCUUCUGUUGUCCUAACUCUUCUACACAAACCAAUAUCUCAUGGUAAAAGAGUUGUCAAGAGACAGUGGGCGAGCAUUGCAAAAUAUUCUCUGCUUGGAGUUGUCAACGAUAUUCUAUGGUUGUUUGGAUUGACAUUAUGUGGACCUCUGAGAACCAUCUUAAUAUUUGAGCACAGUGAAGCAGUUAUUCUUGCAAUGUUGAGUGGAAUCUUCUCACCAUCUGGAAAUCAUUCCAAGACGAGAGGUGCCAUCCUUUUUCUUAUUUCUGCUUCUUGCCUUUUACUAUUUGACAAUGAUGAUUUGAUGACAAAGAUUUCAGACCAUCCUGAAGGUCAGCAUGCAGGCACCGUCUCGCAUACAAUAUAUUGGUUGAUAUCUAAACUUGGAGUAGCUGACCAUAAAGGAGGAAUAAUUUUGCUGAUAAUUGCUUCAUUAUUAAAGGUUGCCCAUAGUGUGAUGGGUAAAAGAUUAUCUAACGAUGUUGGUGGACCCAAAAGAUUGCACGCUCUUUCAACUUUAGUUUCAACAAUUCUGCUGACACCUUGGGCAAUGAUUCUGUAUUUAUCUGGGUCAAGUGGUGGAAGUCUGAUGUCUUAUACUUUACCUUUUUUGCUUGUUGUUCUGUUUGUAUUUUUAUUCAAUUUCUAUGUGGAGUCGUACGUUACAGCUGCUAAACAAGACAGUUGGAAAUCCUAUCGUAUUGGAUACAUGACGAUCACUUUAUCAGCGCUACUUCUUGCGUAUCACUGGCACCACCCAGCGGCUAGAGCUAUUUCUCAACUAGGAUCCGAAACACGGACAAGCGAGCAUGUCAUGUCAUCUGUCGUGAUCAGCGCAUUAUUAUUUAUAUGGGCAACUAUAAUCCUAACAAGACCCGCAUCAAAAAGCCAAAAGGGGAGUUUUGUUGGAUAUUCAGCACAAGGACAACCUUUGUAUAACUUUGCAGGUGAUGCUCUGCAACGUGCAACACAACUUUCUUUCGCUGUUACUGCUCGUAAAUUUUUAACAAAGGUUUUGCAGAAGAGGAAUUCAAGACAUAUCUUCUACUUUCUUUGCAUGAAUUUGGGUUUUGCAUUUGUUGAAUUGUUUUAUGGAGUCUGGAGCAACAGCCUUGGUCUGAUAUCAGACAGUUUUCAUAUGUUGUUUGAUUGCACGGCUCUGGUGCUGGGUCUAGUUGCUUCGGUAAUGGUUCAAUGGCAGCCUACAAGGGUUUUCUCAUAUGGAUAUGGCAGAGUUGAAGUAUUAGCGGGUUUUGUGAAUGGUUUAUUUUUAUUGGUCAUUGCAUUGUUUCUUCUUGCUGAAGCGUUCCAAAGAUUAGUCAAUCCUCCAAAAAUCAACACUGACAGAUUAUUGAUUGUGUCGAUUGGCGGGUUCCUUGUGAAUCUUGUUGGCGUGACGAUAUUUUCACAUAACCAUUCACACGGACAUUCACAUUCUGAACACUGUAGUCAUGGAGAUAAGCAUCACCAUCAUGAUCAUGGAAGUGGGAAUUCUAACAUAAAAGGAAUUUAUCUCCAUAUUCUUGCUGAUCUUUUGGGAAGUGUAGGCGUAAUCAUAUCCUCAUUUCUGAUUGGUCAAUUUGGAUUACUGAUCUCUGACCCCAUAUGCACGCUUCUGAUUGGUUGCUUAAUACUUGUGACUGUUUGGCCUUUACUUCGGGAUUCAGCUAGAGUUCUAGCUCUGAGAAUUCCUCAAGAAUUGGAAAAAGAUAUCCAAAGAGCAUUGAUGAAGGUCCAAAAUAUUGAAGGAGUAAUUUCAAUUCGUUCAAGACAAAUCUGGCGACACUCAGAAUCAGAAGUGAUCGGUUGGAUAUCAGUCCAAGUUUCUCCGCAUGUUAUUGAACAAAGAAUAAUUUCACAGGUAACACCGAUAUUAAAAGAAGCGGGAAUAACAUCUGCAACAGUUCAAGUAGAAAAAGAAGAUUUCUACCAGCACAUGUCUGGACUUUCAACAAAUACUGAUGAAAUGUUGAGAAUGACAAAAGAAAGUCAAUCUAUUUAUCAUUCUCCAACAAACAGACAGACUGAUGAUGAUUUUGCCAAGUUGAUUUGAUUUCUUUUUCAUUAUGUGCAAUUAAAUACAUUAUAUUAAAUCUUGAAUUCUGCU